GGAUUGGCUGUCCGUGAGUGCGGAUCAGCAGUCGUGCGGACACACAGUGAGACGUGCUUCAACAUAAGGCUUGAUAUCUCGUGCUCGUCUUCAGCUCGACAGAUGCUCGUCUGUUUCGUUCAGUGUCUUCGGGAGAGAGACAUGGAACUCGCUCGUUCAACAGCUCCGAGAUGGCGAUCAACGACAGUGGGCAAGACGGUGGAACGCUGCAGUUGAAUCGCACGGCCUUUCCGAAGACUGCACCUGUGCUUGAUCGCAUACGGGACACAUGGUGUAAUAUCGCAAGCGUUGGCAGUUGUCAUGUUCUCUUGCGGCUCAGCCAAACCAGACCUGCGACACCUGUUUGCGGGCCCUCGAAUAUUCACAUGGAAUGCACAUGGCAGCAUGCAAAGUCUAGAUGCAUGUUGUUGGGCGAUGAUCGUCUGUCAAUCCUAGUAGAGAAUCAAGUCUCGGUGACACGGAAAGCGACAUCCUGAUUUACACAGCGGUUUGAUGAGGGGUAAGCAAGCCUCUAUUCCAAAUGUCAGCUCUUGGUAGUGCCGCAUUAUUCAAGAAGAAUUUGAUCUCAGUCUUAA